GCAUUUUCUAGGCGCUCUAUUUUUUUCUAUGCGCUCGCGGUGACGUAGCGCGUGGGGCAGAGGAGCACUAGGGACAAACACAGCUGACUGCGCGCAUGCUAUCUCGGUGGGGACUUCAGCGCAGACCCUAACGCUAGGUUACAGUCAUAUUGGCUUGGUGGAAAAUAUUUGCGGUGAAGAAACAGGCCGAAAACAGGGGAGGUGCCUGUACGGCUGUCAACAAAGGAGAAGAAAAAGAGGGGGAGUGUAGUCCAGAAGGACCGCUAUAACAACUAAUUCAUUGUCGCUCCAAACUGGUGGACAGACGGCUAAACUGCUCACUCAUUAGGCCAAAACACUCCUAAGCGUGGUGUUUUGAGGAGUUACAGGAGGUGACAUGGUGGACUACUAUAGCAUCUUGGGAGUGUCCAAAACAGCCACUCAGGAUGACAUCAAGAAAGCGUACCGGAAAUUGGCCUUGAAAUGGCAUCCUGACAAAAAUCCAGACAACAAGGAGGAAGCAGAAAAAAAGUUCAAAGAAGUCGCUGAGGCCUAUGAAGUCCUGUCUGACAAGAGCAAACGUGAUGCAUACGACAGAUAUGGAAAUGACAGAAUGCGACACACAGGUUCCUCCAGCUCAGACUUUACAGAAAUGCCCGGCUUCACCUUCACAUUCCGCAGCCCAGAUGAGGUGUUCAGAGAAUUCUUUGGUGGACAGGAUCCCUUUGCCAGCUUCUUCGAUGACUUCUCCUCAUUUGGAAGCUCAUCGUCUCGUCUCAGCCCGGGGCGAUUCUUCUCUUUUCCAUCAGGAGGAGUUGAAUUCUCCUCUUUCUCCACUACCUUGGGUGGUCUGGAUGGGAUGGACAGCAUGGGUGGAGGGAUGGGCAACUUUAGAUCAGUUUCUACUUCCACUCGCAUCAUAAAUGGAAAACGCACCACCACCAAGAAGAUAAAGGAGAAUGGGCAGGAAAGAAUAGAGAUUGAGGAGGAUGGUGUGUUGAAAAGUGUUCUAAUUAAUGGUGUGGAAGAUGAAAUGGCCCUUGCUCUGGAGCUGAGCCGACGAGAGGAGCAGGCCACUCCAAAGCCACGACUCCAGAACAAAACCGCUGAGUCAGACAGAUCCCGCCUGAGCCCUUACACUUCACCCACGCAUCGUUCAUUUAGCUCGGCCCCAUUCUACCACUACGGGGUUGCGGGAGGCAGUGAGGAUGAUGAGGAAGAUGAAGACCUACAGAUGGCUUUGGCAUGCAGCCUGUCAGAAAUGGAAGCCCAGCAGAGAGCUGCUGCUAACGACUACAUAUCAGGUGCUCGGGGUGGGGGCAGAGCUGUCAGUGACAAAACUGGAGGCCGUUUAGAUGGCGGGAUUGCUAAGGCAAAGCAUUUGAAUGUACAGAGCAGGGAAGAGGUUGUUGCAGGGCAGAAAUGUAAAGAGAUAAAAUUGGGUUCAGUAGCUGGAGAUGGAUGCAAAAGUGUGGCAAAGGGUACAGUGGAGCUAGGCUCCUCCCCUGAGUCAUCCACAACUGCCAGCACUACACCCCUAAGCCAGUGCAGUGAGGAUAAGUUUAAACCUGUGAUAAAAAGUGAUUGCAGCGUGAAAAAGAAAAAGAAGUGUGGGUGUGUUGUCUCCUAAUGAUGUGUUUUUGUAGGUUUACUUUCUUUGGGUUGCCUUAUUAUACUGACCUCAGUGUUUUGCCUUCAGCCAGCUCUAAUGUAAUGUGAAUUAAGCAGAUCUUUAUUUGAGACAGUGCCUAUACUGAUGACAAGGCUUCACAUUCCUCCAAAGGAACACACUAAAGAUAAGAUUUGUGGUUACGUUUCUACAUUAUCACAGGCAUUUAAAUUGUUUUUGCAUUUGGGUGCAAGCUGGUGUGGAGGAUUGCUCGUGAACGCGAAUUUGCCAGAUAUUUGCAUAGACUGAUGAAUUGGAAUUAAGUGAUGAUUUAGAUCUGUUGUGUAUAUAUAAGAUAAGAUA